AUGGAGAAAAUGAGCUACACGUUCAGUCAGCAAUAUGAGGAAAAAAUCCGUCCUUGCAUCGACACCAUCGACAGUUUACGGUCUCUGGGAGUCGAGAAGGACUUGGCGCUGCCUGCCAUCGCCGUCAUUGGAGACCAGAGCUCAGGAAAGAGUUCAGUUCUCGAGGCGCUGUCUGGAGUAGCGUUACCCAGGGGUAGUGGAAUUGUUACAAGAUGCCCUCUUGAACUCAAGAUGAUACGAACUAAAGAUGAAGAUAAGUGGCAUGGAAGAAUCAGCUACAAUGAAACAGAGGAAGAUAUUUAUGACCCAGCAGAAGUGGAGAAAAAGAUUUGUGAAGCCCAGGAUAAGAUGGCUGGAAAAGGUGUUGGUAUUAGUGAUGAACUUAUCAGUCUGCAGAUCACCUCUGCCAGUGUUCCUGACCUCACUCUCAUUGACCUCCCUGGUAUCGCACGGGUGGCAGUCAAGGGGCAGCCUGAGAAUAUUGGAGAUCAGAUAAAGAGAUUGAUCAAGAAGUUUGUUACAAAGCAAGAAACGAUUAACCUGGUUGUGGUGCCAUGCAACGUUGACAUUGCAACCACAGAAGCAUUACAGAUGGCUCAGAAGGAGGAUCCUGAGGGUGAAAGAACAUUAGGGAUCUUAACAAAGCCGGAUCUGGUGGAUAAGGGCACUGAACAGACAGUUGUAGACAUUGUGCACAAUGAGGUCAUUCAUCUUACUAAAGGCUACAUGAUUGUAAGGUGCAGAGGACAAAAAGAGAUUAUAGAUCAAGUCACUCUCCAUGAGGCCACAGCAACAGAAGAUGCCUUCUUCAAAGAUCAUCCUCAUUUUAGCAAACUUCAUGACGAAGGUUUUGCCACUAUUCCAAAGUUGGCUGAGAAACUAACAAUUGAGUUGGUGCAUCACAUUCAGAAAUCCCUGCCUCGUUUAGAAGAACAAAUCGAGACAAAACUGGCUGAAACACAGAAGGAACUGGAGGCAUAUGGCACUGGACCCCCAUCAGACCCUGCAGAAAGACUGAGCUUUCUCAUUGAUAAAGUUACAGCUUUCACUCAUGAUAUGUUCAACCUGACCACUGGGGAGGAAGUUAAAUGUGCUUCAGAUCUACUAGUUUUCCCAGAACUUCGGAACGAAUUUGCAGAAUGGAAUAUCUUCUUGUAUCAUUCAGGAGUUUCCUUCAGCAGGAAGAUUGAGAGAGAAGUGGAUAACUAUGAAGCCAAGUAUCGUGGAAGAGAGCUUCCGGGAUUCAUCAAUUACAAGACCUUUGAGGGGCUUGUUAGGGAACAGAUCAAGCUGUUGGAGAAACCUGCAUUGAAGACACUGAAGACUGUCUCUGAUGUGGUUAAAAGGAAGUUCAUCCAGCUGGCCCAGUACAGUUUCAUUGGGUUCCCUAAUCUUCUGAAAAUAGCAAAGACUCAGAUCGAAGCCAUCAAGCAGGAUAAAGAAUGCCUGGCAGAAUCCAUGCUGAAGACCCAAUUCAAGAUGGAGCUCAUUGUUUACAGUCAAGAUGGCACAUACAGCCAGAGCCUGAAACAUGCAAAGGACAAGCAGGAAGAGGAAGAAAAUGUCAAGCUUCAAUCUAAACCGAAAAAGAGUAUUGUGAGUGUAGACAUUGGCACAGAUAAUCAUGCCACUUUGCGUGAGAUGCAGUUGCAUCUUGAGUCCUAUUACAUGAUUGCAAGCAAGCGUCUAGCUGACCAGAUCCCAAUGGUGAUCCGCUAUCUGCUGCUCCAGGAAGCAGCUUUGGAGCUGCAAAGGAACAUGCUGCAGUUACUGCAUCAUAAAGAUGGCAUAGACAGCCUGCUUAAAGAAGACUCUGAUAUUGGCCAAAAGCGGGAGAACUUACUGAAACGGCAGAAACGGCUGAUGAAGGCACGCAGCCUUUUGGUUACCUUUUAGAAUUCACUUCAAAUACUCGACUGCAACUAUUUUGUUUAUAUACACUUAAGAGCAGCAAAGAAUGCAGGGCUUCAAACAAAAAAAAUCAAGUACGGAGCCACUAGCUCCAAUAAGAAAAAAAAAUUAAUAUAUAUUUUUUGGGUGUCACAGAAUAAACGUGUUUUAUUUUAUUAUUUUUUAUAUUUCUAUCAUACUGCCAUUUCUUGGCAUUUCAUCAUACUGAAAUGUCUUUUCAAACUUGAAAUAUACAGCCACACAUUGUUUAUUACAUAGAAUCUGUACCAAUAUCAUGGACCAUAAGCAUCAUCACUUGGCCACAGAGUGCCAUAGAAGAACCUUUUUUUGUCUAAAUGGUUUCGUAAAGAACCUUUAACAUCUGAAGAACCUUUACGUUUCACAAGAGGUUCUUUGUGGCGGAAGAGGGUUCUUCAGAUUACAAAAAGUUGAAAAAGAGAUGGUUCUUUAAAAAACCUUUGACAGAAUUGUUCUUUAUGGAACCAGAAAUUACUCUUGUAGAAGAGUGUAUAAUUUUUCACACUUUCAGUCUGUUUUUCUUAAUUGGUAAACUUUUAUUUUAUAGGAAGAGUAGAAUCAUGUAGACAACAGGUUAAGUGAAAAAUGCAAUAGCGCAUAAAUAUAGCAAAAUGCUCUUCUUUAUAGUUACUUUUCUAGCUGACUGAGCUUAUGGACACCAAAUGUUUAUUCUGAGGUAAAUGUAGACUAU